AUGAAUCCUCCUCCAUCGGAACUGGGAUCUCAACCCGACAAACAAAUAUCCCAGAUCGAAAAGAGCGUCACCCAUCUACUAGUGGCCACUAAACAGUUGCUGGAGACGUUGACACAAUGGUCCCGUGGGCAGGCACAGGAAGAGGAGGUGUCGGAUGUCUAUGUCCGCCUGGGGUAUGAAUUCAAUCUUGCGUGUCGUGCUUUCAACUCAAUAGGCGUUGAAACCUCCGACCUGGGUCCCGUCCCUGAUCUUCUGCGGAACAUCCUCGAGGAUACUCUCAGUCAGCCUGCCUCGCCACAAGCUCUCGAUAACUACCUCCCCCGAAUUCGUGAUAUCAUCAUCAACCUCCUACAUGGUCUCAAGAGGAAGCAAAGCAGACUACGUGGGCGAGCAUCGAAGGACCCUGGUGCCCCGUCUCAAGGGAGGCCACCGGCUGCCUCGGGAAGACAACCGAGCGUGUCCACGACUGGCAGCAAUGAGUCGGGCUUGACACAUAUGCUUCAGGAUGUGCCCAGUGCCGCUUCAGGUUCGCGAGGGCCCACGCCGCAAGACAACCUGCCUGCUACGCAGCCCGCGUACACCUCCACAAGCGUUUCAGCCGUGCCAGCAGCAAAUCAGCCUCUGGCAAAUCGACAACUACUACAGCGGGAUGGUGCUUCUCGAGGCCCGCAGUCUGAAUCGGCUCCAGACACGCCUUCAAACCCACCACAAGCCGCUUCUGCGGCACUGCCCUACUAUACUGCAGCCCAGGCCACCACAGGCCCUGCCAUCAAUUUCCCACAUCCUCCACCUCCACCCCCAAAGCAAACAGACGCUUUCACGAGGCUCCAGCGUGGAGGAGAUUUAGAAAGACGGGCAUCCCGAAGGUUUUCCGCAUACCAAAUACAAAAGCACCUUGGCGCCUCGCCAAAUGGCGUCCCUGUGAUCCCUGCCACUCAGCACUCGCCAAUACCGAACAGGGGAAAAGAGUUCCGAGAAUCUUUGACUGCCGUGCGAUCUCGGAGUUCCUACCAACAGUCAAGAGCGAGGUCUGGACGCCAAGGAGACAUAUCACCGGGCGGGAGUGGUACUGUCCGAGCCCCUCAACGAAUCUCCGAGGAGAGGGAAGAAACCCCCGUGUUGUCGUUGCAGGAGAUACCUCAGAUCCAAGCUCCGGAUGAAUCGCUAGCUAUCGACAGCCCGACAGUAAAAACCCCGGAGGAAUACCACCAGCCUCCUCGGCUAGAUACAGCUCGUGACGAAAACACGGUCGUGGGAGCAACAGUCAAUGGACCUCUAGGUCCGCCGCCAGAAGAAUACCAAGACCCAGGAUCUGCAGACUCUCAGUCUGCUCCCCGCCUUCCAGACCGUAAGACGUCCAUCGAGACGGAGGCGGUCGACACUCCCCACACUAUCUCGCGACAAACUCGUGAAAUCAUCACCCCGCCCCAGUCGCAAGUGCUCGGUGUUGAAUCGUCGCCUCCGCAAGGGAAAGAGUUGACAUUGUUUCUCCAGUACAAGAGCAAGAUCAAGAAGUUCGUUUUGGCAGAAGGAUACGGAGAGCUGACCAUCCCAAGAUUACAGCUGGCGUUCAUCGAGAAAUUUGCAUGGAACACGCAACACAACGGAGUUGACCUUCCUGAAAUCUAUGUCCAAGAUCCAAUUUCUGGUGUAAGGCAUGAACUGGAAGAUCUUUCGGACGUCAAGGAUAGAUCUGUAUUGGUGUUAAAUGUCGAAGCGCUUGACGAAGUCAAGAAGCAAAUUGAUGAAGGGCUUGGGGGCGUGCAGAAGAGCUUGGAAGGAGUACGGUCCUUGCUCGAGGGACAGACGACAAUGAUGCAGCGGUUUUCAGAUCGACAACUUGAGACCUCUAAGGAAAUGGCUCGCAUGUCUGCCGUACCCAGUCACCAUCCCUCCCGGACGCCAACCCUGCCUUCCGGAAAGUUCGCCGCUCCCGCACCAUCUGAGGCCUCGUUACAAGAGAUUCAGAGCCUGCGGCGCGAGAUCGCCGUCCUACGGCAGACAUACUCUACCAUGUCGUCAGAUUUCACUGCAGCAAUGAGCGACAUCAAAGUCAAGGCGACCAAUGUUAAAGCAGUUGCAGUCGAGGCAGCCAACGCAGCAUACCAAGGCGAUGCCGGACGUGUCCAUAUCAACGAGGGUAAGAAGGUCCUCUCGGGUGACUCGGAGGCGCUAGUCAACCGUGUAGACGAUCUAUCCGACAUUGUCGAAGAGCUCCGCAAGGAUGUUGUAAUGAGAGGAGUCAGGCCAUUGCCACGUCAACUAGAGGACAUCAGCAAAGAGAUCAGCACGACGGCCAAACAGUUGAGCAAAGUCAAAGAUUUUGUCAAGCGUGAAAAGCCCAUCUGGACGAAGAUCUGGGAGCAGGAGCUUCAGGUUGUCAUGACAGAGAGGGAUGAGUUGACGCAACAAGACGAACUAAUGAAUGAUCUCGACGGCGACCUUGAGGACAUUACCAAUGUCUUCAAGCUGGUGGAGGAAGCUACCAAACAGCAGAACUUGCAGGCAGCGAGCACUGGCGGGCGUCAUCCCUCAAAGAGCAUAGCAUUCGACACGGAUGUCGAUCCGCAUGAAGCAAAGACUGGUGUGCUCCAUGAGGUUCGAGCCUUGCAGCCAAACCAUGAGAGCCGACUGGAGGCCAUCGAGAGGGCUGAGAGAGUCCGUCAGCGUGAGUUGGAGACUCGCAAGGUCGGAGAAUUCCAACGCGAGGUCGAGAAGUUCGUGGAGGAAGGCAAGCUCAAGAAGACUGGGGGGAUGGAUGAAGUGGAGAGGAGGAGGAAAUUGAAAGACGAAGCGGCGCGCCGGGAGAACUAUGAACGACAGCAAGCUCGAGCAGCGGAAAUGGAAAGGAAAAGGGCAGAAGAAGCCGCUGCCGCUGCCGCUGCCGCCGCCUCGUCACCGGAGACGGAUGCAACAACUCAAGGGCCUGAGAAUGACGCAUCACAAGAGGACGAGGCAGCAUUUCAAGAUGCCCAUGAACAGCAUGUGCCAUCGGCCGAGGGAGACACCUCAGCAGCGAAGGAGGGUCCUGAUGAAUCUUCUGCCCCACAACUGCCCGAGGUUGAAGUGACCGAGGCUGGGUUGGGUCUAGGUAUGUCCAUUUCAUGA